GAUGAAAAUAGUCGGACCCACAGCCCGCCGGCGCAGCCACUUGUGCUCACAUCGAUCCAGGGACUUGUCCAAAGAUCUGUUCUGCAUACUCUCAGGUUUCACUUCUCCCCAAUCCCACCCAACAAUUCCCUUUCCAGAACCGACAAGAUGAGCGGCGACAAGAUGGACGUCGAGGCUGUCGAGCAGAAGAUGAAGACCAUGGAGCACAGUGAGCAGCAUUACUUCAAGAGCUAUGAUCACCAUGGCAUCCACGAGGAGAUGUUGAAAGAUGAAGUCCGCACACGGUCGUACAUGAACGCCAUCGUUCAGAACAAGCACAUUUUCAAGGACAAGGUCGUUCUUGACGUGGGCUGCGGUACCGCAAUCCUGUCCAUGUUUGCCGCCAAGGCUGGCGCGAAACAUGUCAUUGGUGUUGACAUGUCCACCAUUAUCUUCAAAGCUCGCGAGAUUGUUGAUGCCAAUGGGCUGUCCGACAAGAUCACCCUGAUCCAGGGCAAGAUGGAGGAGAUUGAGAUGCCGUUCCCCAAGGUCGACAUCAUCAUCUCUGAGUGGAUGGGCUACUUCCUCCUCUACGAGUCCAUGCUGGACACCGUGCUGUACGCACGUGACACCUACCUGCAGAAGGACGGCCUCAUCUUCCCCGACAAGGCGACCAUCUUCUUUGCGGGCAUUGAGGACGGCGACUACAAGGACGAGAAGAUUGGCUUCUGGGACAACGUGUACGGCUUCGACUACACCCCUCUCAAGGAUACCGCUCUCUCGGAACCCCUCGUCGACACAGUGGACGUCAAGACGGUGGUCACCGACCCCGUCCCCGUCCUCACGCUGGACCUGUACACCUGCACCACGGCGGACCUCGCCUUCAACACGUCCUUCAAGCUCCCCGUGAAGCGCGACGACUUUGUGCAUGCCCUGGUCUCGUGGUUCGACAUUGACUUCACAGCCUGCCACAAGCCCAUCCGCUUCUCGACGGGCCCCCACACCAAGUACACCCACUGGAAACAGACUGUCCUGUACUUCAGGGAUGUCCUGACCGUGCAGGAUGGCGAGGUCAUCGAGUGCGACCUGGAGGUGAAGCCCAAUGAGAAGAACCGCCGCGACCUGGACAUUGCGGUGCAGUACAAGCUGGAGACGGGCGACGAGAAGCGCAAUUCGUCGGGACAGUGCACGUACAGGAUGUGCUAGACUACUUAGGUGACGUGUGCAUGGCCGUGAUUUCGCAGGGUUCGGACAAGGAAUGCCCGGCGUGGCAUCUUCAUUUGCGUGAUAGACUACAAAAGGGGCGUGAUGAUGAAUCGACAUGGAUGAUACCAUCUCGGACAAUGCACAAAUUGGAUCUUUGCUAAAUCAACAGUAGAUGUCUAGACUAAUUAGUCCAGGACACCUGAAAUUGACAGUUUCAAUGAGAA